GAUUUGAAAGUAACUGACUUUUGGAUUGCCCUGGAAAGCCCUGGGAAGGAAGGUGUUCCUUCACCUGCCUCUAGAGUCAGUGACAUUGUUUAUAGUGGUAUUGAUUCCCAAAAAAAGUUCAUUACCUGGUUACUGGAACCAAUGCGGCCUCGGGCAUCAGUCACAACAAAAUGGUCAGGAACUAUGCAGCAUCCUUUGCACAAUAGCAAACUCGGGGAUACUUUAAUGACUUUUGUACACUUUGCAUACCAUUGGACAUACAAGACUCUGGUGUUUGCUGAU